AUGGUGAAUAAGAAGAGUAAAGGGCGCCGAAAGAUACCAAUGAAAAAAAUAGAAAAGCAAGCCGACCGAUAUGCUACCUUCUCAAAGCGUCGUGCAGGUUUAUACAAAAAGGCUAGCGAACUCGUUAUAGAAUGUGAUGUUGACAUUGGAAUAAUGUAUUUUUCCCCAACAGGUAACCCAUACUCAUUUUUCCACCCUACACCUGAUGUGAUCGUUUCUCGUUUUCAGAAUCCUAAUAUGCAGUUAAGUCCAAGUACUCAUCUAGACGCGACUCAUGCUCGAAACAGAGUGAAUCAACUCAGCACCAGGCUUGAAGAACUUGAUAUCAUAGAAGAAGCUGCAAUUGCUCAAAAAAAGUUUUAUGACCAAAUGAUAGAAACUAGGCAGAGAGGUUGGUGGGAAUCGAUUGAGCAACUCAGUGCAGAUGAAGUGACCGAGCAUGAAGCUUGGUUAAAAAAUAUUGUUUUUCAUUUGCACAAUUGUUUGAAGCAAUUGGAAAAUGGAGCUUCAUCCUCUGGGAUGUGA